AUGAUUGCCCCAGCCGGUGCUGCUACUGAACCAACCCGACCAAGUACUACUAGUACUGAACUUAGGCUUUGGGAUUUGCUCUUGGACUCCCCCCAAGCUCCAAUGUCGCGUCCUUCCUACACCGUCUCUAAGGGAACAAUCUACGCUGUUCUUCUGACACUGUUCGUCUCCCUUUGCUCCAACCUCUCGACCCUCUGGACACUGCGGGGCAAGCCAACCCCCAUCGCUGUUCAAAUCAAAGAUGACAGCGUACUGUUUCUCCCCGCCAACGUCCACUAUGCAUCGUUGACAGUCGAAGAGUCCGAUCGUUACGAUCUCCACAAUGAGCUCGACUGGUCGUCGCUCUUUCCCAAGGGUCACGGAUUCGUUCGUCUCCCCUCCACCGAUCCGGAGGAUUCCUCCGGCCACGUAUUCUUUGCAAUCUCAAUGUACCACCAACUCCACUGCCUAAACAGUUUCCGCCGCCUAACUGUCAACGCCGCAUCCGGAAACGUCUCCCAACAUCACCUGGACCACGCUGUCCACUGCCUAUCUUACCUUCGACAGCUCCUCCUUUGCCACGCGGACGUCGCACUCGAGCCCGCGAGACCUGCUGAUACCGUCAAUGGCGGACAGACACAGGCUGUGUACGGCGAGGGUACUACCCAUGUGUGCCGUGAUUGGGCGCAGGUAAGGGCUUGGGCUGAAAAUAAUUACGAUGAGUGGCGCAAGGACGAUGUGUACGAGGUUAGUGAGGGGGGAACGCUUGUCAAUGUCAAUAAUGCGGCAGCGAGUCCGAGUCCUCAUCGACAUGCCCAUGCCACAGAUAGCAAUAGCACCAAGCCUCAGCAUAGCCAUGAUCACCACCAUCAUGGCCAAGUAAAUAAUUGA